ACUCGCCGGGGCUGGCGGCGGCGCCAUUUUGAAUCGGCCGAGGGUCGGAGGCGGCGGCUGCCGGGCUGGGAUCCGCGUCAUCCCGGGGAGAACCGGCGGGGAAGGAGCGGAUAUGGCCGCGAAUAGGAACUUGAAGCAAGUGCGGAUCGAGAACAGCUCCCCAGCGGCGCCGCUGGGCAUGGUGGGGGGUGGCGGCGGCGGCGGCAAUCUGAAAGGAUUGCGGGGCCUAGAAGCGGAGAGUGAGGCGGCGGCGGCCAUGGCGCUGGCGCCGAGCAAAGAAGGUGGCGGAGAUGAGGAGCAGGAGGGUGGGUUCACCAUCGAUAUCAAGAGCUUUCUCAAACCUGGCGAGAAGAGCUACACUCAGCGCUGCCGGCUGUUCGUGGGAAAUCUGCCUACUGAUAUUACCGAGGAGGAUUUCAAGCGCCUCUUCGAGCGCUACGGGGAGCCCAGCGAGGUCUUCAUCAAUCGGGACCGUGGCUUCGGCUUCAUCCGCCUGGAAUCUAGGACCCUGGCUGAAAUAGCGAAGGCAGAACUUGAUGGUACUAUUUUGAAGAGCAGACCACUUCGAAUUCGAUUUGCUACACACGGAGCUGCCUUAACUGUCAAGAAUCUUUCACCUGUGGUUUCUAAUGAGCUGCUGGAACAAGCAUUCUCUCAAUUCGGGCCAGUGGAAAGAGCGGUUGUUGUAGUAGAUGAUCGUGGCAGAGCUACUGGAAAAGGUUUCGUAGAGUUUGCAGCAAAACCUCCAGCACGAAAAGCUCUAGAAAGAUGCAGUGAUGGGGCAUUCUUACUAACAACAACACCUCGACCUGUUGUUGUAGAACCAAUGGAGCAAUUUGAUGAUGAAGAUGGACUCCCAGAGAAACUAAUGCAAAAAACACAACAGUACCACAAGGAAAGAGAACAGCCUCCACGUUUUGCUCAGCCUGGAACAUUUGAGUUUGAGUAUGCUUCACGGUGGAAGGCUCUUGAUGAGAUGGAAAAGCAACAACGUGAACAGGUUGACAGGAACAUUAGAGAAGCCAAAGAGAAACUGGAGGCAGAAAUGGAAGCAGCUAGACAUGAGCAUCAGUUGAUGCUAAUGAGGCAAGAUCUCAUGCGUCGUCAAGAAGAAUUGAGGCGUUUGGAAGAACUUCGAAAUCAAGAACUUCAAAAACGCAAGCAGAUACAAUUGAGACAUGAAGAAGAACACAGACGUCGUGAAGAAGAGAUGCUGCGUCAGAGGGAACAGGAGGAAUUACGACGUCAGCAGGAGGGAGGAUUUAAGCCAAAUUUCAUGGACAACAGAGAACAGGAAAUGAGAAUGGGUGAUAUGGGUCCUCGUGGAGCAAUUAACAUGGGAGAUGCGUUUAGCCCAGCACCUGCUGGUAACCAAGGCCCUCCUCCAAUGAUGGGUAUGAAUAUGAACAACAGAGGAACUUUACCUGGCCCUGCAAUGGGUCCUGGUCCUUCCAUGGGACCAGAAGGAGCUGCAAAUAUGGGAACACCAAUGAUGCCAGAUAAUGGAACAGUGCAUAAUGAGAGAUUCCCUCAAGGAGGUCCAUCACAGAUGGGUUCACCUCUGGUUAGUAGGACGGGCUCUGAAACUCCUCAGCCGCCAAUGAGUGGUGUAGGUGCCGUGAGUGGUGGACCUGGUGGCUUUGGUAGAGGAAACCCAGGGGGCAACUUUGAAGGACCUAACAAGCGUCGCAGAUACUAAAUCUGAAUUCAUUCCUUACUGUUUUAGAAAUUCCAGUAAAACUAUACAGUAUAUGCCUUUAUAAUUUUAGCUGUUAUCUGGAAACGGUUCUAUUGUUAUUGUAGUCUUUAAAACAGUUUCUUUUGUAAAACUUUUUUUGUAUUCAGUCAUAGGCUUUGUAGUAUAGAGCAGAAAUGAUGCGGAUCAUUAUGUAAGGCAAUGUGUUUGUGACUCUAGCAAAAUACAAUGUGUGACUAUGCUGUAAAAUGUGCAGUUAUCUGAUAACAAUAAAAAAAUCACUGGAAAGUAUUUUGGGAAUGUUAUUACUAAUACUGAGUGAGAAUAAUUUUAUGCUUAAUUAUAAGUGGCAUCAUUUUCAUUCUUACGUAAUUUCUACUAUGUGUCAGGAAAGUUAGUGAAUCUGUUUAGCUAAACUGCAUGGUGCAGUACAUACUAUGAAAAACUUAUAACACAGCUGCUUUUGUUUGACUUUGGAAGAGCAUAAAAUUUUAUACAAAGUGUUCUCAAGGAUUCUGUGUAUAUGCAUCUCAGUACACCAUUGCAAACUUAGUCACAAUAGACUUAUCAACAGAGUAUAUCUGUUGAACAAGUUUUUAGAAAAUUUAACCUGGGAAAGAAAAAAAGAAACUUUGGAAAGGAAUCUGCAUGUAUGCUUUACUCAUAACAAAUGAAUGAAUUUACCUAAACCAUACUUAUGCAGAAGAAAAUUUGUUGUGACAUCUGUGUUCUGGUAAUGGUUAAAGUAUCUUGCCAUUGUGAGGAAGGAGACAUUUCUGCAAGCUGGUUUUGAAGCCUUGCACUGUGUAGUGCAUCGUGAUUAAAAAGUAUACCUUUUCCCCAGUGGCUGGUUUGAACAGAAACACAUCUGUUAUCAAUGAAUAACUAUUUAAUAAGGAAGCAAAUAUAUGUUUUCUAGUGAAAAUAAGUGAUUGUUUAUAGUUGAGUAAUAUGCAUUUAGAAGGGUUGCGUGAGUAUUCUUCAUAAAGGUUUUACAGAAUGAUGAAUUUGAAAAAUACCCAACUCAGGACAGACUUGCUGAUUGAGACGUUUAGGAAGCUUAUUAUGAUUCUGAUUUUCUCAGUCAUGGAAGAUGAUGGAAAAGACCUAUUGGUUCUAUUCCUGUAAUGGCAAGUAAGUAGGGAUGUAAGAACUGUUUUUAUCAGUUCACUCGCAUUUUCAGAGAUAGAAAUGACUUAAUUUUAUCUGCAUGAAUACUGAUACUAAAUUGAUUAAAAACUGAUUUUAGAUAACCUGGUACCCUAAUUAUAAUGGUAUGAGGGUGCUGAGCAUGGGGUGCACAUAGCAGAGAGGGCAUGUAUAUGUUACUUGUUAAUGUAGCAGUGAUAGUGUUGGUGGCUUUAAUACUGAGCAAAUGGGUAAUAAGAAAAUUGAAACAUUGCUGGAAUUUUGGAAGUACACGCUUAAAUUGGCAUUGUUAUAGGACUUAAGAUAGCUAUUGUUUUCAUAGAAUACGGGAGUUAUGUGUAGGUCCUUGUGAUAUCUGUAACUGCUAAGCCUUUUGCUCUUUAGUGUUACCAUUUUUUGCUUGAUUUGAGAUCCGUGCUACACUUCAUAGUUUGUAUAAUACAAUAGCAAGUUAUGCUCAGAGUCUGAAAUACUCUUUGCCCUACUUGAUCUAUGUAUCACAUUAUGGCACUCAUUCUUAAACUAAACCACGACCAAAACUGUAACUGGUUUUACUUAGCACACUAGUCCUAAAACUCAACUUCUGGAAAAUUUUUGUUUUCUUACUAGUGUAAACCAGUGUUUGCAUGUAGCAACUACUUAAACUCUCUGCUUUGGUAUCCUGCGUUCAGUUGAAAAUGCAGUUUACAUUGAUGUCUAGUAAGAUUACUUUUUUCUCGUCUUUUCUGGCCAUGUCCUUGACUUUUUUUAAGGAAUUCAGAAAGCAUUGGUGUGAAUUGGUAGUUCUAAACUAUAAAGUUGUACAAGGAAUAUGUUUUAAAUAUAAUUUGACUAGAUUCAAGAGAUUUGUUCAUUUUUUUUCAAAGGAAAAGGCUGUGUCAUUCAGGCCUUUUAGCUAACUUCUGUGUAUUUUUUUAUUAUAUAUAAACUUCUCCUUGUAGUGUCUUGAGUAUGUUUCAGAAAUACAUUAAACAUACCAAGUCUAUGAAAGUGGUUCGUUCUUUCCUUGCAACUUCAUGCUAUUUUAAAUGCGUAUUUGUUGUACUGCAUUUUUGCUAGCAAGUGGAGGUAUGUAUGUAUUUUAAAGUUACUGAAGAUUUUAAUUAAUAUUAGUGAUUCCACAGUUGUGAGCUAUCCUUCCUGUAAACCUCUGCAUGGUAGCAAUAGAUUUGUCAGCUGUCUUUACUGCAUGAGGAAUCAUCUCAUCUCUUAUGUAUCCAUGAACCAAGUCCUAACAAAUAAAUCCUGAAAUGUUGACUUUGGGCACACUAAAGAUUUCAUGGAGAAUGCCUUUUGUAGCCAAUGACACACUGCCAAAUUCAGCUCUUAAUAAAAGCUUUCUUAGGGCUCUCUGGACGUGUUGAUUGCACACAGCUCAACUCUAAAGGGAGGGCUUCUCAUUUUGCCAAAGGUGCUAGUAACUAAUUCUAGCUGUACAAUGAACACCUAAUUUCCAGAGAAAAAAAAGGAAUGGUCUCAGUUUGUUUCGUAAGCAGUGUUACUUCUUGAAGGUAUUGCCUUUGCAACAAAGUGAUUGAUUUUUCUUGUUCCUCAUCUGGUUGAUGAGUUUAUAAUUUUUUCUGUGUACACAUGUACUUAAGUUUUUAAGUACCUCUGCCCUGCUUGAGUAGAAAGCACAGUGGAGUCCUGACUCUCUUUGCUGUACGCUGUGCUAAAACAAAUAGGUAUGGAAUGUAUAUGAAAUCUACAACAACAAUGCACUUGCUUUUGUAACGUACAUAUUGAGCUUUUACAAUAUUCCUGAAAUUUCAGUCUAAACUGCUUAAUUUUCAUGUGAGAUACAAUUUGAAUACUGAAAAAUAACAAAGCUUUAUGAUUCCAUUUAAGUUAAAGAAAACAUGCCACUACCAAAAUCUGGCUUGUCUAACUGCAUUUGCAUUUGUCACUUCAGUCAGUUGAAAGGGAGCUAUUAGGCACUUCAAAAAUAAAAAAUUAAUUUUGGUUUUGGGUUACUAUCUUUGUAGUUCUGUCCAGUGUGCUCAUUAGAUAAAGCAUGUUGAUAUCUUAGGAAACUUGGUGGUGAUUCAAAUAUACUUUACUGUAUUUAUUUCCCAAGAAAAAUACAAAUUACUAUGGAUUACCUAGAAAGAAAAUUCCUGUCCUUGUUUCAUUUAUUGUCCAUUUAUGUUUUACCCAGUUGUACAUAAAGACACCAUAAACUGGAGAUUCUUACUAGAAAAGAAGGCAAGAAGACUAUGAACUAAAUAUUGCAUUAAUUUAAUUUUGACCAUAAUCCAUUAGGAUUUUAUAGCAUGCCACCUUUGAGGAGCAUUCUGAUCUAAUAAUAUGCUCUCGUAUUUUAAAAUGUCAUACCAAACUAAUUUUCUCCCUUUUCCACUUUAAUGUCACAUGUAGAAUAAUCUUUAAUUGCAUAUUCUUUGAAAACGCAGUGACGUUGGUGAACUACACUCUGCUAAAUGGUCACAAUCUCCCUUGAGAUAACUUAGCUCAAAAAUGCUGAAAUAACCCAUCUAAAAGCAGAUUCUCAAGUGAAAACCAAAACCCAUUAGGCCUUUUAAAGAAAAAAAAUGCUCUUGGAGCUGAGAUGUUCAGCAGAUGAAUGGUGUGCUCUGAUAGCAUGAAGUUCAUUUUACUUAAGCAUGUUGCAGAAACGAAUUUUUUUUUGUGUACUUUAUAUAUAUUUUGUCUAACUGCAUUUGCAUUUGUCAUAAUUUUGCAGUUGGAUCAUAAUUUUGCCCUUCAGAAGUCAAACUGUAAUUGAACUAUAUAAAUGGCAAGGAAGGCUGGGUAGUGACUGGAAUCAGUUUAUAUUGAACCACAAAUGUGAAGGGAUUAUUCUAAAUCCCAUUCCUAAGACUUGAAGUGGUGCAUAUCUGUAGGUGGUUUUAGAGUCUGCAUCCAAGCAUCUUCUGUUAGCUUGUGCUUGUGCCUGUGCCCAAGGCUGGGGGAAAUUUGUCUUCUCAGGAGUCUUGAAAUUAUUAAUAGUGGCACUGUGCUGUCAUUCACUGCAGAAUUAUCUUGGGAUUUGAUGCUUUCUUUGAGCUGUUAGCUCACUUUUGUAGCACGAGGGAAUAUCCGUCCAAACUUCCCUGAUUCGUGAACAGUAAGGAGGGGGAAUGAGUGUGGUCUAUGGGAAAUAGAGAGGUUGGACAUUACUACUUUAGAUGAUUCUAUUUAGUGCUAGUUUAGUGGAAAAUGUUGGACUGUAGUAACCCAAAAGCAUUUACUUUCUUAAAAAUUCACGUAUUGAACUGUGAGAGCUUAGUAACAAAAGGGUUGACUAAAAAGUAGGAAUACCUAAUGUCAGGUAUAGUUUUUCCCAUGAACUGGGGUUUUGUUGCCUUUUGGGAUAAACUGUGAAAUAGUAGGUGGUCUCACCAGUUUGGUGUUUUGUUAAUAGUUUCGUGGUUUUUUCCAUAAAGUUUUUUUUAAAAAUCAGAGUUGUAGGCAUUUCAGGUGUGUUUUCACAGUACUCCAUGAAAUACUGAAGUUUAUUAUCUAUGUCUAAAUAGAUAAAACAGAACAUUAAAUUUUCAUGAAAACAGUACUUUUGAUGAUUUUAAAUGCAUGGAAACAAACCCUUAAUAUGUUAGUUUUUAGUGGGAUAGAUUUAAUAGGUCUUUUCCAUCUUGAACUUCCUUAAAAUACUAUGAAAAUUUAUAUAAGAUUGGAAUUUGGAGGUGUUCUUAUUAAUAUCCUCAACCUGACUCUUAAAAACAGUAAGAGAUGGGUUUCUUCAGAAAAGAGUUUGGAACAGCAACCAUUUUUCCCUAAUUAAAUGAACUACUCAAAAAAGUUUAAAUUUAGAGAUAAGCAUAGCAUACUUGCAGGUAAAACCAUUAGAAGAACCCCUGCUUUCAUAUAAUGAUUAUUAUAUACCCAAAUCACAUUAAAAGAAAAAAAAACAAUUUUGUAAAUGCGAGCAAAAACUUAACUGAUUUGUAUGUGGUCCCUCUAGUAGAGAACAAAACGCUCAUAAUGAGAGGUAUGGGAUUCAAGAAGAACUUGACUGUGUUACUACGUACAUGUGUUGAUAAGGUUUUUCCAUUUGUUUUGGUAAACAGUUUGUCUAGCGCUUCCAUUGUUCCUAGUUUUACUAGUGUGCUUUUAUAUCUCAAUUUCUGUAGAGUAAAGCAUAGCUGUAUAAUUUGAUUGAAUUGACAUGCUAAUUGUAUGCGGGACAUUAAGUGCUUGACUUGAAAGAAUUGCAGUGAGAAUAAAGAUACUGUUCUUGCUUUUAA